AUGAAUGAGGGACGUGUGAUGUCACAUCACGUCUGUCAAACACCGGCACUCGGAGAGAUUAUCCCUCCUCAGUCCUCCUCAGACCUCCUCAGUCCUCCUCAGACCUCCUCAGUCCUCCUCAGUCCUCCUCAGACCUCCUCAGUCCUCCUCAGUCCUCCUCAGACCUCCUCAGUCCUCCUCAGUCCUCCUCAGUCCUCCUCAGUCCCUCCUCAGUCCCUCGUCAGUCCCUCCUCGGUCCCUCCUCGGUCCCUCCUCGGUCCCUCCUCAGUCCCUCCUCAGUCCCUCGUCGGUCUCUCCUCGGUCCCUCCUCAGUCCCUCGUCGGUCCCUCCUCGGUCCCUCCUCGGUCCCUCCUCAGUCCCUCCUCAGUCCCUCGUCGGUCUCUCGUCGGUCCCUCCUCGGUCCCUCCUCGGUCCCUCCUCGGCCCCUCCUCGGCCCCUCCUCGGCCCCUCCUCGGUCCCUCCUCGGCCCCUCCUCGGCCCCUCCUCGGUCCCUCCUCGGUCCCUCCUCGGUCCCUCCUCGGUUCCUCCUCAGCUGAGGGAGAGGACAACCUGAAGAAGAUGCAGCUGAUGGAGCUGGCCAUUUUGAACGGGACGUACAGAGACAACAACAUCAAAGCACCCACCCUUGCGUUGUCUCUUGCAGCGGCAGCCGCAGUUGCCCAGGGCCCUCGUCUCAUAGCGGGCCCCACAGGUCAGGUGCUGCCUCCCUCCAUGCGGCCCCCCACACCAGGCGGGGCCCCCAUCAUGAACCUGAUCCGGCCCCAAGUGGCUGCCAUGCUGCCCAACGGAACUCCCACGCUGGUGCCCCCCUCGCCCGACGGUGGCCUCAUCUACACCAGCCCUUACGAUUACCCAUACACCCUGGCCCCCACCUCCCUGCUGGAGUACCCCAUGGAUCACACGGGGGUCCUAGGUAAGAGAGCCUGGGGGGGCAUGGCCAGCUUUAGCCCACCGUCAGAGGCUGGCCUGAUGUACUCCGCGGUCGGGGCACUGGAUCCCGCCGCGCUCAGCCACUCUCAGGACUUUUUCAAAGGUGCAAUGGCCACUAAAGUGCGGCGGCACGACACACGGGUCCAUCCUUACCAAAGGAUUGUGACUGCAGACAGAGCCGCCACCGGCAACUAA